AUGAAGCCACGUUAUAAUCUUCGCAUUCAGUCAAUUAAACCUUUUCUUUCGCCUACAAAGAAAAAAUCAUCUCGAAUAACUAAAGCACCGAAAGUUCAGCAUGUGAAUUCUUCGACAGCAAAUCGUCGACACAGUUUACGACUAACGUCCGUCGUAAAAGAAACGAAAUCAAAAGCAAUUACACAUGAGAUUAGUAAUAAAAAAACUGAUAAUAAACACUUAUGUCAAACACCGAAAUGGCGAUCGAUCGUUGAUGAUAAUGAAAACGACACUGUAGAUAUUAUUGAUGAUAUGAACGAUGAUUAUGAUGAUGAAGUGCUCAUUCGACAUCAUCGACUGAUGCUUGAAGAACAAAAAGAUCGAAAACUGUAUGAACGAUACAUUCGUGGUCAACGAACACUUCGUCGUCUACAAUGUCGUCGUACUCACACGGCACAUUUAAAGGAAGCAACUCGAAAUCGUUUAUUACGUGAAUUAGAACGUGAACGUCGAUAUACAAUUCAUGAAAAGAUUUGUGCACAUUUGGCUAAUCAUGAGAUCAUCUAUCGACAUGGAUGUAAUAUCGAAUCGAAAGCAAUGAAUUGGGAUUCUUUGGAAGAAGAAAUACCUUGCAAUCGCAAUGUAGGAACAAUUCGCGAGUUAGAUGUCAUGAUCGAUAAUCUAAAGAAGGUGAUUCAUAAUUCAAAAACUUCGAUAUCGAGACCUCGAUUAUCUGUACGUGAACGUCAAAAUCAACGUUUGAAGACAAAUGUUCCUAGACCAACCGAAACUCAAUCAACAUCGACAAUGUCACAUUCACCGUCGACCUCUCCAACCCAGAUGUCUAGCCUAUCUUAUGCAUCACGUGUAUCAACUGUUCGCUUUGCUGAUGAUCAAACAAAUAAACUACGAGCAAAUAAUUCUCAACGAUUAAUGUGUAUACAGAACGUUCUGUCACAUCAAUCAAAUACUAAUCAUCAAAAUAAAAACAUCACAAAUGAGAUUGUCUCACCGAUGACUAGUAGAAAAUCAUUACUUCGUUCAAAGCCGACGAAUUCAAAUGUGUUGGAGAUGUCUCCAAGCAAACGACGACCAUUAGAAAAAGAGAAUUACAGUAUUGUAUCGAAUCCUCCUUCGCAUUCGAAUAUUGUCUUGCGUGCAACAUCACCAAUGGUAUCGAUCAAACAUACCGCGUCUUCUGCGUCGUCUCGUACCUAUUCACAUGCGAGAAAACAGUCAAUAAUUAAUAAUUCUUUAGCAACUCGUCGACAUACGCGACUUUCUGCGAAUGGCUAA